AUGGCGACAAAAUGUUAUCCACCCAAAGUGUUAAGAUUAAUGGGGAUGGCGCAAAAAUGUCCCGACUGGCAAAUUUUGUGGUUUUGUCAUUUUUCCAUCCUAUGUGAAGAAGAAAAAGUUAUGUCAGCUAAAGGUGAGUAGCAGUAACUAACAAAUUAGUUGCUAGCAUGCAAAAAACAAAAUCCUUAUGCCAGUUGUACAGCACUUUUGUUUCAUAACUCUCAUUUAAUAAUGGUAAUACAGUAAGCAAUAAAGUUUUUGACCUUCUGAGAUGUGUAUUUCAAGAUGCAAUGCUCACAAGUUAAUUCUGGUGAUAGACAGAGUAAAAUUGCCAUGGGUGAAGUAAGGGUAGGCCUUCAAAUCGUUUUAGAUUCACUUUUUCACAUUGACAAAAGCAACUAAAAGUUCUUUAAUAACCGGAGAGUAACUUUAAUGCAUUAUUUUAAGAAUUAAAAUAACAUAAAUGUAUUUGAAUUAUCAAGGUAUCCAUCCACUUGCAAUUAUAAAUAGCAAAGAAGACUAUAACGUUCUUCAAACAGCUGGAAGAGAAAUGUUUAAAGAAAUCAAUGAAUUAAUAAAUGCUGGCAAGAUAGAUGUCAAGGGGAAGGAAAUCAAAUUUCAAUUCUUCCUUGGUGGGGAUUAUAAGGCUUGUUAA